AUGUUCAUUGAGUGUUCAUCUGAUGCGCCUGAAGUUGUUGUAUCUGUUGAUCCGGUCAGGCCGUCGUAUUCACCACUGUCGCAAGUUGCGCAACCCUCUGAGGUGCCAGCCCGCGUCUCCUCGUCACCACUUCCACUUCCACCAGGUCAUUCACCUAUCGCCACACCCACUAUACAGACACAACGCCUACUGGACUUCUCGCUGCCGCCUGCGCCACCGGUCGAUACACCCUUUGAUACACAGAAAGAGUGGGACGAGCAGUUCUUGGAUGAAGAGACAGAAUACGAGUCUGAAGAGCAAGAGCAGGAUUUGCCAGAGUAUCCUCAAACCUAUGAUCCUGUGGAAGACGCAUUGCAACGCGAUAGCAGGCGGUGGACAACACAAUCAGAGCCUCAAUAUAUCAGUAGCAACAUCACCAGUGAUAGUACUGAAGACGAUUUGAAUCGAGGGUGUAUAGGGCUGGUCCAGAACAUGAGGACUCGUAGCCAGGCUGCUGAGGAGGAUGCGCUGGAGUCUCAAUUGCAGGCUCAAGAACAGCAGCAGCGACAGACACCUCACACCGGUGGGCAGCAGGUAUCGAAGAAGGCUAGAUCUGCGCCUAAAAAGGGCCUUCCAAUAUACCCUACACCCGUUGCUAGCAGUGCUAAGAAGGGCGACACCGCUGAGGCUAUUCAGCAGGCUGCUCAGCAGGCUCCUCAGCAGCCACCUCAGCAGCCGCGAGUGACGCUCAAGCUCGGCGGAAAGCAGCCGGCGCAACAGCGUAAACGGCCAACACCUUCGACACAAGGAAAGCAGCCACCCACACGGUCAAAAAAAGCCAGGAAGACACAGGAUUCAUCUAAGCGAUUAGGAGAACAGCCUCACGCCCAAGCUAAGGGUAUGCACUAUCACAUGCAAGAUCGCAGUGGCAAGCUUAUAGCGCAACGGCACGGUCAGAAGGAACAGCAAGACGACUUCCCUCUUGAUGAUAUAGACGACUGGCACGAACACCUCCUUCCACUGCUUCCGGUGUAUACGAAGCACACUGUCACUAUUCAGAUUAUAGAGAAGUGGAACAACCAGGCUCUCCACGACUUGCUAUCCUCGCCGCCAUUGCUUAGCAACGAGAGCUUCGAGGAGUCCUCACCACCUGCUUCACAGCUUCCGAAUAAGAAGAAGAGCACGAAGGCUAACAUGGCUAUCGUUAACCAGUUUGAGACCACAACGCAGAUGCGUAACGACUAUCAGAAGCUGCUCACGCUCUACAAGUGUAGCGACCGGCAGUACAACAAUAAGAAGCGUGCUAGUACCGGCCAUAUCGGCUGUCUUGUCGAAGGUGGUAAGCACUACGCCGUGCUCGGUGGACACAUGCGAGACUGGUACGCCCGAGUGAAGGAAGCCUAUAACGACAACAAGCCUGAUGCUGCCGCUGUCAUCAUGCAGCAGCUGCCACUUGAUAUUGCUGAGCAGGUGAGGGAGAUGCAUAAGAUGGCCUCAUUGAAGCAGAAUAAGGGCAGCAAGAACAACGAGCCUGAUACACCGACACCUGUCGCUGUACUAGUGAAUAUUGCACCGGUGGCUACGGCACCAGUAGCACCAAUAGCACCACUUCACAUGCCAUUCGGUUAUGGCGGUUAUCCACCCCCUGGCUACGCACCACCUCCACCGUGUGGAUACGGUGCUUAUCCUCCACCUCCGCAGUAG